AUGAUCCCCGACAUUUGCUUUCGAAUUGCGAGAGCUGACACCCUUGCAACACUAUUGCCGCCCAUUCACUUACCCCAACUUUGCAGGGAUGAGUACGACGCCGCCGCCGCUGCCGAGCUUAAGCGCAAGCGAACCUUCCGCAAGUUCACCUACCGAGGUGUAGAGCUUGACUCUCUUCUCGACAUGUCGAACGAGGAUUUCAUGUCUCUCGUUCACGCCCGUGCUCGCAGAAAGUUCCAGCGUGGUCUGAAGCGUAAGCCCAUGGGUCUCAUCAAGCGUCUUCGCAAGGCCAAGGCCGAAUGCGAGCCCAACGAGAAGCCCGCUACCGUCAAGACUCACUUGCGUGACAUGAUCAUCGUCCCCGAAAUGAUCGGCUCCAUGAUCGGUAUCUACACCGGUCGUUUCUUCGUCAACACGGAGAUCAAGCCCGAAAUGGUCGGCCACUACCUUGGCGAAUUCGCCAUGACUUACAUCCCCACCCGUCACGGUGCUAAGGGUAAGGGCUCUACCGUUGAUCGUUUCCUUCCUAUCCGAUAA